AUGCCUGCUUUGGACGUGGAUUCCCAAUUCAAGUUCCUCAUCGUGUGCAUCAAGCACUCGACUGCUGGAAAGAUCGACUUCGGCGAGGUCGCCAAAGAAUGCGAGAUUGUCUCCAAGGGCGCUGCUGCCAAGCGAUAUGAGCGUCUCAUGAAGGCCCACGGCAUCGGCACCGCUGGUGGCACGGGAGGCGUCAAGAAGGAGUCCAAGGACAGCAAGGACGGCGUCAAGACUCGCACCCCCAGCAAGAAGCGCAAGCUCGCUGCCGUCGACGAGGACGCCGGCGAUGCUGAUGAGCCCGUCAAGACCGAGGUCAAAGGUGAAGUCAAAACUGAAGAUUCGAUCGCCGUGAAAGCGGAGCAGGAGAACGGUUGUGGCGCGACUGCUGCUAUACCCGGUGUCACGUCUACCAACGAGGCACCGCCGACAAGUCAGCCUGACAUAUCGCCUUCUACCAACGCCCAGAAUGACGACGACGACGAUGAAGUCUUAGUCAUCAGUGCUACGGAGAGGCGCGAUGAUGGCAGUAGCGUCCCGGUCUACGGCAGUGGUGGUCAUCAUCACUCGUAUUCGCAUCCGCACUCGCCUGCUCCAAUCAUUCCGGGGGUCCAUUCCUUUGAUUACGGUGCUAACAUGACGUUCCCCCAACAGAUGCCGAUGUCGACGACGACGACAAGGAUGCCCUCGCCGCAUAAUUCCCUUCCCUACGGAUUCCCCUCUGGCACAUGGAUAUUCCCUCAUGACACACAUGGAUAUCUUUAG